AUGGCCGAAGCGGCGCCCGCCCGGGCUCCAGAGAGGGACAAGCAGACAGAGGACGAAAGCCCUUCGACACCUCCUCUGUCACCCCCACCAGCUGUGGAGAAGAACUCUUACCUGUACUCCACGGAGAUCACACUGUGGACGGUGGUGGCCGCCAUCCAGGCCUUGGAGAAGAAGGUGGACUCCUGCCUGGCCCGCUUGCUGACUCUGGAGGGGCGGGCGGGGACGGCCGAGAAGAAGCUGGCGGACUGCGAGAAGACGGCCGUGGAGUUCGGGAACCAGCUGGAGGGCAAGUGGGCCGUGCUGGGGACCCUGCUGCAGGAGUACGGGCUGCUGCAGAGGCGGCUGGAGAACAUGGAGAACCUGCUGAGAAACCGAAAUUUCUGGAUCCUGCGCCUGCCCCCGGGCAGCAAGGGGGAGGCCCCCAAGGUGCCCGUGACCUUUGAUGACGUGGCCGUGUAUUUCUCUGAGCCGGAGUGGGACAAGCUGGACGAGUGGCAGAAGGAGCUCUACAAGCACGUGAUGCGGGGCAACUACGAGACGCUGGUGUCCCUGGAUUAUGCCAUCUCCAAACCAGACAUCCUGACCCGGAUGGAGAGGGGAGAGGAGCCUUGUGCUGGAGGCCCGUGGGGCCAGGAGGAGGGAAGUAGGAGGGAGGCAGCCCAGCCAAGGAGGCCAAGCCCUGGCGUACCUCCACGUCCAGAGCACAUCCCCGUCAGCCCUGCCCGGGAAGAACCAAAAGAAGAGCAGGUCCCCAGGCACCGGCAAGACUCCGAGAAGAGAGUGACCGUACCCGGAGCAAGCACGGGCGGUGGCAGCGUGGUCAUCAAGACAGAAGCCCAGUCCGAGGACGAGAUGAUACCCGAGCAGCUCUUCCUGGGCGAGUCCCACAGCCAGCCAGUGUGUAGGAUGGCCAAGGGGCCCAGGAGCAGAACCGAGGGCCCUGGCCGGCUGCCUGCGGCAGGGGUGCCACGGGUGCGGCCGGCGGACCCGCGGGCCCCUGGAGCCGUUGGGGAGCCGCCCCGCAUCCUCCCCCGCCGGCGAGAGCGGACCUUUCCCUGCCCUGACUGUGGGCAGAGUUUCCGCUUGAAGAUUAACCUGACCAUUCACCAGCGGACCCACGUGGAGGAGGAGCCCAGGGAGACUCCGGGGAGCUCGCCCACUGGCUGGGGGGAGGCCCCUUCCACUCUGGAGCCGGGGGAGGUGGUGGUGCCCGGCCCGGUCAUCCGCUGGCUCCCCGAGGAGCCCGGAGGCCGCCGCUCCCUGGCCGGCCGCUCCCUCCUGGUGCGGCGGCCAGCGGCCGGCAAGGUGUACCACUGCAGCGAGUGCCUGCGCUUCUUCCAGCAGCGGAAGAGUCUGCUGCUGCACCAGCGCCUGCACACGGGCACCAGCCAGGGCUGGCCGGCCUGUCCCUACUGCGGCAAGGCCUUCCGCCGGCCCUCCGACCUCUUCCGCCACCAGCGCAUCCACACGGGCGAGCGGCCCUACCAGUGCCCCCAGUGCGGCCGCGCCUUCAACCGGAACCACCACCUGGCGGUCCACAUGCAGACUCACGCCCGAGGCCAGGCGGGCCCGCACUGCCCCACUUCCCCGGCCCUCCCCCGGAGCCCCCCGCGGCCCCGGCCCAGCCACAGCGAGGAGGGCUAAGCGGCCAGGAGCCUGCAGGGGUACCCUCCGGCUCUCUCCGGGGUCACCCCACAGCAGGACUCCUGUCCGCCUUCGGGCUUUUCCCCGGUGCCUGGCGCUGGUUCCUCGUUCUGGAAUAGCUUUGGAGAGAGCUUUUUUUCAUUCAGAUGGGAAGCAGUGGCCUUUUUGGUGACAGUGUGUGUAUGACCAGAAGCCUCAAAUUCCUGUUUCCUAAGUUCAUCACUCUUUGCUGCCUUUUCUACAUUCCUGACUUAGAAAGGAUCCCUUCAGGCUUAGAGGAUGCCAACUUUUGGUGAGAGACUGUGGCGGGUAUCUGAGACCGGCACUGGAGAUAGUGGCCCUUCCAGUAGCGGGCGACGGAGACACGGAGGGCCUGCCGUUCGUAAUGUACACAGAGGUCACAGCAGAGUGGACAGUUUGAAGAGUAGGAGCUGGAAAUUUGAGUUUUCCUACUGUGUUAUUUUGAAACCUUUUUUUCCCUUCCUUAUGGAGUUUUUUUAGUGUUUUUUUAAGGGUUACGUGUGGUUGCAAAGGGGACCAGGAGCCCUGAGGGGCAGGAAUUAUUCUGCUACCUCCUUGUGUGUAGGGAUGGUGGAGGGGCUGUUCAGAUCAGCCCAGGUAUUGGUGGGGGCUUGGCUGCUGCUCUGACACGGGGUGCCUUCCUGGGUGUGCUUCUUUGGCCCAGAGUGCUUCCCAGUAUCCCAACAUCCGUGAUUGAUUUUGGUUAUUAGUUGAGAGGGGAAACAGGCCUGGAGUGGCGGACCCUUCCCCCAAGGUCUCAGUAUUAUGGGUAUGCACGCUCCAUGGACUUAGGGGGUGGGGGAGAUGCAGACCCAGCCCAGGAAGCUCUUCCCAGAGAGGAAGCUCCUGAUGUGGGUGAGGCUGGGAAGCCAGGCUGGACUCCUGGGCUGCCACCGCCUGAGCUGUCCUGUUAAAGGAGCGGUGUGUUCCAAGAACUUGGGGCUGGUAGCAGAGAUAGGCCAAGAGACGGGGAUGGGUUUCUUUAACCACCUCUUGUGUCCUGUUCCUCACCUGUCAGAGGGGGUAAUGACCCCGGUGCAUCCUACCUCACCUUAGCGCUUUCAGGGUCACAAAAGAUUAAGAGGCAGUGGGGCAGAUAGGAAGCCUGGUUGUAUCCUCUUCAAGUUCAGGGCCCCCCUUCUCUUCCAUGUUCUCCAGCUCUUUGUCCCUGUCAGAAUCCCUCAGGAAAGACCUUUAUUUCCUAGGGUGAGUGGAAGGUCUCGGGUGCAGAGCGAGGUGAGACUUUCCCGUUGGGCUAUAUCGACAAGGAGCCCUUUGUAUUUCAGUGGAACAAAUUCUUACCAAAGCACGAGGUUCGGACCGUAGGAGUUCGGGCAAUAGCGUCAGGCCUCCUGGAGAAGUCUUGGUGGCAGCUAGCAUCUGUGCCUCUUCGGUCACACCACUUUGGGUGCUGCCUAGAGAGCAACCCUUGGUUUGGGCGAUUUGAAACUGGAGUACUGCGUCCUCAGCUAUUUUGAUUGUUGUCUUAUUGGCUUUGGCACUAUGUGAAGUGGCCAGCAUUCAGACCUGCUUCCAGGCGUCUGGGUCCCUGGCUGUGCCACUUCUUCUUAUCCCUCUGACCCUCUCCCCUCUCCCAAAGUCCUGAACAGAGUUGGGGGCAGAUGGGAACGUUGCCAUCAUCUCUGGGGCAAGAGUGAGUAUGCAAGUCAGUGAGAGCCCAGCCAAGCUCCCCUGGGCUUGGGAGGAAGGGCUUCCACCCUCCCCAGCUGUGCAUUCUGCUCGUUUCCUCUGGCAUCCCCAACCCUCACCAGGGGCACCACAAGUCAGGGCUGGGCUGUCACCAAGUGUUCAGACAGGAUAUGGUGCAAAUGGAGCUGCUCUGAGCCUUCCUCUUCCCUGUAAGAGCUAGUCUCGGGUGUUCCCUCGGGAUGCCUCAAGGGUCGAAAGUCCUAGACCUUUCUAAGGCUAAAUGCCCUGUGUAAACACGGGUACUCUAGCAAUAGUACAAACCAGGGGUGAUCGCUGGACACAGGCCCUCUCAUUUCUUCCAAAGCACUCAGGGUGCUGGUUCCUGGCUGGGCCUUGUGAGCUUGCCUGGCACUCGAUAGGUUUUCAGAGAACAUUCUUCACACCAAAAGGAGCCGAUGCGUGCAGCGUGGUGUGGGAGCAGAGUGGUGCUCCAGAAGCUGGCAGCUAGAAACCCGUUUGGCCUUCGACUGGCUCCUAGCUCUGUGUCUUGGCUUCUUUGUUUGGAAACGAGGAGGGGUGGGGUCCUGGUGCUAAAGGCCCUUAGGAACUGUGAGGGUAGCGGCCCUUUGCCUUCAUCGGUGCUCAAUAAAUAUGUUGAAUUGAGUGAGUGCGCAUGGUCCGUUGCUUGCGCUCCGGGAGUCAGCCCUUCUGGACAGUCUGACCUCCAGGCUGGCCCCACUGCCCCGCACAGGCCAGGGGCCCCCAGGCUGUAACCGAGCGCGGGAGCUACCCCCUUGCCACGCCCCAUCAGCAGCUAGCCCCGCCCACCCUGGGAGUCCCCUGCGGGGGCGGGGCCUCUUCCGGGCCUCGGGGGCGCGUGCUGGGGCGGAGCUUCCAGGAUUGGCCAAUGAGGAGCGGGCUCCA